AUGGCGCCACCUCUAGUUACCGUCGAUGCAUCCGAGCCUCUGGACAAGAUCAACGAUAUCAUCGCGAGAGAUGGAGGUGUCAUCGUUUCCAAUUUCCUCAGCCCAGAACUCUUGACGGAGUUGAUGACUGCUAUUGAGCCCUUCUUCCUGGAUCGCAAGAUAUACAACUCCAAAGCAACCCACGGCGAGCUUGGUCCGGACUUUUUCCCGUAUGGAUCCCAGCGCGUCUAUGCUCUGCUGGCCAAGAUCCCAGAUCAGAUAGUCAAGAUCAUACGUCUACCAGUUUGGCAAGGCGUCAUGGCGCAUUUCCUAAACGACGAAUUUGCCUCGUAUACAGGAGAAACACUCGUCUCCCAGAAGAGCGGAUACAUGCUCGCAACCAGCGCAGCCCUGCGACUAGUUCCCGGGGCCAAACCACAGCCAUUACACAGGGACCAACUCGCCUAUCACACUCGACCUGACCCCGCUAACCCCCUCUUCACACCCAUGCUCGGCUGUUUGAUUGCGGGAUCCAAGUCCACGUACAAGAAUGGGGCUACUGCCGUUAUUCCCGGAAGUCAUCUGUGGGGGUCAGAUCGAAUGCCCAACGUUGAGGAGUGCACGUAUGCGGAGAUGGAAGCUGGAUCAGCGCUGUUUACACUUGGCUCUACUUACCACGGCGCUGGCGGAAACCAAUGCGAAACGACCGACCCCAACGCUCUCCGAACCCUCUUUGCCGUUUUCGGACAUAUGCUUCCCAGCCAGCGGGAUUACUUUCGUCGAAACCAGGAUGAGACCGCCUCGACGCCCAUGGAUAUCGUCCGGACAUUCUCUCCAGAUAUUCUCAGGCUAGCUGGCUACGAAAAGGCCGUGGGCGGGGUCGGCUACGUUGAGGACCACCAAAGCCCUAGCGAGUUCCUCCAUCGUGAUGACUGUGGUAUUGGUAAGUUCGGGGCUGCUCAGCUCAGCUCCGGGACCACCAAGUGGACGGUUAGUUAG